AUGCUGACCAACCGUCGCUCAACGUUGAUGAUACCGUCGAACGGUAACGGGCGCCCGAACCCUGGUGCACCGCCUACCCUCGGUAGCGCGAAGCCGGAAAACGAACCUCACUGCACCGCCCCUUCCAUCUUGACAUCUACGAUGCCGACACUACCCGGUUACCGCGUCGCGCGCGUCCUAGGCGCCGUAUACGGCUCUACUACCUACGCGCUUAAAGAUACUAAGACCCUACUGAAGGCGGCUGCCGCGGGUGGCGAGGUCAGGAGUCUAACGCAUAUCAUGUACAACGCGCGAGACCAAGCUGUUGAAAGAAUGACGCGGGACUGCGUGUCGCGCGGCGCGAACGCCGUUGUAGGCCUGGACUUCGAAGAGAAAGAGGUUUUAGGCUUCAUCCAGGUCUCAGUCUCGGGCACCGCCGUCUACGUUGAGAAGCAGCUAGAGAACCCGUUUUUGCCCGAAUGA